CCCAACCCACCGAACCAGCCAGCCACAUACUCCCCGGUCGCCGGCCUCCACCCCGACUACAAAUGGAGCUCCGCACAAGCGCGGCCCGCAGUUUUGCGUCCCCCGCGUCCGGCCACGGCACGGUUCCAUUCCCGCGCAUCCCCUCCCGUCUCGUUUGGAGCCGAUCGACACAGCGCACCUCCCUACGAGGCCCUGUUGCUAGGAUGAGGAGCCGGUUUUCUACUCUGAUGACGACUACGUACAACACAGGGACCCCGGAUCUAGUUGACUUCAAUUGGGAUGCUCUUGGGUUUCAACUGGUCCCUACGGACUUCAUGUAUUUAAUGAGGUGUUCUUCAGAUGGGGUGUUCACAAAGGGUGAAUUGGUGCCAUAUGGGCCAAUUGAGCUGAACCCAGCAGCUGCAGUGUUGAAUUAUGGUCAGGGAUUGCUUGAAGGUCUAAGAGCACAUAGAAAAGAGGAUGGAUCAAUCCUUCUUUUUCGCCCACAUGAAAAUGCAUUGCGGAUGAGAACUGGUGCAGAUCGGUUAUGCAUGCCUGCACCAAGCGUAGAGCAAUUCCUAGAAGCUGUCAAGCUAACUGUUCUGGCAAACAAGCGUUGGGUACCUCCUACUGGUAAAGGUUCUUUGUAUAUCAGACCGCAGCUAAUUGGAAGUGGGGCUAUCCUUGGUGUAGCACCUGCUCCACAGUAUACAUUUAUUGUGUUUGUUUGCCCGGUUGGGCAUUAUUUCAAGGAUGGUUUAUCUCCAAUCAGCUUGUUAACCGAGGAAGAAUACCACCGUGCUGCACCUGGUGGAACUGGUGAUAUAAAGACUAUUGGGAAUUAUGCUUCGGUUGUUAGUGCUCAGAGAAGAGCCAAGGAGAAAGGCCAUUCUGACGUUCUAUACUUGGACCCUAUCCAUAACAAGUUUGUGGAGGAAGUUUCUUCUUGUAAUAUAUUCAUGGUGAAGGAUAAUGUUAUUUCUACUCCACUGUUAACAGGAACGAUUCUUCCCGGAAUCACAAGAAAAAGUGUAAUGGGAAUUGCUCAAAACCUUGGAUUUCAGGUUGAAGAGCGUAAUAUUACAAUAGGUGAGCUGCUCGGAGCUGAUGAAGUUUUCUGUACUGGAACUGCUGUUGUACUGUCACCUGUCGGUAGCAUCACUUACCGUGAAAGAAAAGUGGAGUAUGGGAAGAGCCAGGAGGCCGGAGUGGUGUCUCAGCAACUCUAUGCAGCAUUCACAGCUAUCCAGAAAGGCUUCGUGGAGGACAGUAUGGGAUGGACGUUGGAGCUAAAUUAGCAGCUUUAUCACCUGACUGGUCUCCACGACUCCUAUUUCUGUUUUAUCAACAAAACAGAUUUCCGGUCAGGUUGCUUCUUGCAUGCUUUCAGCGACAACAGUGCAGUACUGCAGUUCCCAGAACUUUUGCUUACCAUGGUACCUGACGAGACGAGUAGAGCCACUUCUCAUGCAGCGCACACACAUCAUCAUUACGCUGGGGCCAGAGAUAUUGGCCACACCGUUUUGUAAAUAAAGUGGAUCUUACCUGUGUCCCAAACCAUAUUUCUUGUCAUGAACAUUUUGCACGCAUGUGGCUCUCAGAUGGUGUAAGUUCCGUUU